UGCAUCUGCAGGACAGCCCCGCAGGGUGAACCAUGCUGCAGUGGCUGCUGGGCACUGGGUAUACUCCUUCCGGGGUUACUGCUCUGGUGAAGACUAUGAGACACUGCUCAGAUAGAUGUGCACAUUUUCAAUGCAGUGUCAUUGAGUUGGACAAAACUGCCCCCAGGGAGGCCCACCAUUUGCGGACAGGCUCCUGAGGUCCCCUACAUGUGGUAUGGACACUCAACCAUCCUCAUGGACAACACAGUCUCCCUGUGGGGCGGGCAGAAUGACACCAAAGGGGCCUGCAAUGUGCUAUAUGUCUUUGAUGUCAAUUGUCCUCACAAAUUGUCCAUACCUCAAAUGUCAGGAACAAUUCCUGGGGCCUGGGAUGAACAUUCAACUUGUGUGCUGGGCAAGAUCAUGUACAUUUUCUGGGGCUAGGAACAGCUGGCGGACUGCUUUUCCAAUGACAUUCACAAGUUGGAUACCAGCACCAUGACUUGGACCCUUAUCUGUACAAAAGGCAACCCUGCAUGCGGAGGGACUUCCACUCAGCCACAAUGCUGGACAGUCACAUAUAUGUCUUUGGGGGCCGUGCUGACUGCUUUGGGCCAUUCCAUUCUAACAAUGAGAUUUAUUGCAACUGCAUUUGCGUCUUUGACACCAGAACUGAGGCCUGGCUAGACUUUCCACCCACCCCAGUGCUGCCUGAGGGGGGUAGGAGCCACUCAGCCUUUGGCUACAGUGGGGAGCUGUACAUCUUUGAUGGCUAUAAUGCAAUGGUGAACCGGCACUUCCAUGACCUUUGGAAGUUUAACCCUGUGUCCUUCACUUGGAAAAAGAUUGAACCGAAGGGAAAGGGACCAUGUCCCUGCUGGCACCAGUGCUUCUGUAUUGUUGGUGACAAGAUUGUCCUCUUUUGAGGUACCAGUCCAUCUCCUGAGGAAGGCCUGGGAGAUGAGUUUGACCAAAUAAAUUAUUCUGACUUACAAAUUUUGGACUUAGCACUAGUCUGAAGACUCUGUGCAAAUUGGCUGUGAUUCAGUAGUCCUGUUUGCCCCAUGACAUCAGGUACAUCAAACAUGUCAUUUAAGGAGCGGUUAGAAUUGCAGAGCCAAGUGGGCACUAAGACCUACAAACAGUUGAUAACUGCAAACAGCACUAAGAAACUGGUUUCUAGACCACCUGUCCAAAGUCCUGGUGUUGCAGAUAAGCACAGGCCUUUGGAAAUGUCAGCCAAGACAUUUUUAUGGCAGAUUGUCCCCACCUGUAAAAAGAUUGCCCGGGACCCCCAGUUUGAUGAUCUGUCAGAGUAAUAUAAUCCUGAGGUGUUUGACAAAACAGACCAAUUCUUGGAUGACAUCCGAGCCAAAGAAAGAGAGCUUGUGAAAAAGCAGUUGAAGAAGCACCAUUCAGGAGAGCAGCACGAGAAGCUGCAGCAGAUGCUUCAGAGAAUGGAGCAGCAAGAAAUGGCACAGCAGGAACGAAAGCAGCAGCAGGAGCUGCGCCUGGCCCUGAAGCAUGAUCGGUGGGCUCAGGCCCAAGAGGGCCAUCGGCCAUACUUCCUAAAGAAAUGUGAGUGAGACGUAACUGUUGCAGGCCAGUUACUGGUACAGGAGUGUGGAGGCUAUAGUGUCAAGCUGAGCAGCACCAGUUGGCCCUAGCUGAGAAUUUCAAGGAGCUGAGAUGCAGAAGGAAGCUGGAGAGCUUCUUGAGUCAAAAGAGGCACCAAAAUGCAGGAUGUAGGCAAGGACAAGAGACAGCUCCCUUUGAACAAAGAGUAUUAAGGAACUGUUCUCUGCUCUUCCACUGCCUCAAAGAGACAUGGAUCUAUGGGAACAGUCUUGGGCUUGGCCUGUUUUCCUGAUUCCUUCCAGUUCAAGAGCAAGGAUCACAGCUGCUUUUGAACUAAGUUGGUUCAGAGAAGGCUAGAGGGCUCUUGGACUGCCCAAGAGUAACUCAGGCCAGGCACAGUGGCUCAUGCCUGUAAUCCUAGCACUCUGGGAGGCCCAGGUGAGAGGAUUGUAGCCUUCUGCCAUGCCACAUUGCCUCUGCUUGGAUCUGGUUCAUUAUGUCCUUGUGACUUUCUUCUAUCCUUGCCUUAAACUAAUGAUUCUGGUACAGAAGAAAAGGAGCCAGUGAGUCACCUUGAGGCCAGUGAAGGCCAUGGAGACUUUUUGUGAUUCCCAGGGCUGGGACUUAUGCACUUCAUAAACAUUCUUUUUACACACACACACAAAAAAAAAAAAAGAAAAAGAAAAGAAAAGAAAAUUCCAACUAUCCAGAGCAAGCGCCACCCCCCAACUGUAAUGCAAAAAUGUGACAUAAUUCUACAUGGCACAUAAACCCUACAGGCCAUCCCAUAUCCCACUCAACAAAUUCUGCAGAGAAUACAUGCCCUUUGGGUGGGAUGGGGAGAAAACUGUCCUAUUUGACAUUCUUCUGGGAAAAGAUAUGGAGAUGCUGAGCCCAGCUGACUGAAACAUUUAUACAUUUGUAGUAUUUUAUAUUUUAUUUAUUUAUUUAUUUAUUUUUUGAGACAGAGCCUCAAGUGUCACCCUGGGUAGAGUAUCGUGACAUCACAGCUCAUAGCAACCUCAAACUCCUGUGCUCAAGCUAUUCUUAUGCCUCUGCCUCCCAGGUAGCUGAGCCCACAGGCGCCUGCCCCGAUGCCUGGCCGUUAUUAUUGUUUGGCGGGGCCUGGGCUGGAUUCGAACCCACCAGCUCAGGUGUAUGUGGCUGGCGCCUUAGCCACUUGAGCCACAGGCACCAAGCCUGUUUUGUUUUUUUGUUUUUUGUUUGAGACAGAGUCUCACUUUGUUACCCUUGGUAGAGUGCCGGGGCAUCUUAGCUCACAGCAACCUCAAACUCUUGGCCUCAAGUGAUUCUCUUGCCUCAGCCUUCCAAGAAGCUGGGACUAUAGGUGCCUGCCACAAUGCCUGGCUAUUUUUUAGAGAUGAGGUCUCACUUUUGCUCAGACUGGUCUCCAACUCCUGAGGUCACGCAAUCGGUCUGUGUCUGCCUUCCUGAGCGCUGGGAUUCCAGCUGUGAGCCAUCUCCCCAAAGCGUUGGCUGCAUGUGGCAA